CGCGCGCCCGCCCUCGACUCGGCGAGGAGGUUCCGCCCGCGAGCCGCCGCCAUGUGUGCCGCUGUGCGCUCCGUGCACGCCUUCACCGCGCGCCCGCUGUCCGGCGGGGACGCCCUGGACCUGGGCUCCCUGCGGGGCAAGGUGCUGCUCAUUGAAAAUGUGGCCUCGCUCUGAGGGACGACGGUCCGGGACUACACCCAGAUGAAUGACCUGCACCGGCGCUUGGGGCCUCGGGGCCUGGUCGUGCUCGGCUUCCCCUGCAACCAGUUCGGGCAUCAGGAGAACGGCAAGAAUGAAGAGAUCUUGAAUUCCCUCAAGUAUGUCCGACCCGGCGGCGGGUUCGAGCCCAACUUCAUGCUGUUCGAGAAGUGCGACGUGAACGGCGCGCAGGCGCACCCGCUCUUCGCCUUCCUGCGGGAGGCCCUGCCCGUCCCCAGCGACGACGCCGUCUCGCUCAUGACCGACCCCAAGCUCAUCACCUGGUCGCCCGUGUGCCGCAACGACGUCUCCUGGAACUUCGAGAAGUUCCUGGUGGGCCGCGACGGCGUGCCGGUGCGCAGGUACAGCCGCCGCUUCCCCACCGCCGACAUCGAGGCCGACAUCGAGGCCCUGCUGGCCCAGGGGCCCGGCCGCGCGUAGGGCGCCGCCCGCUGGGCAUCUCAUCCAUGACGGCGCCGCCUUCAAACCUGCGAGCAGGAAGGAGCGCCCGAUAGCCGCGAGAGCCCCCAGCGGGUGCCGUGCCUGCACCGGCCUCCCUCCGGGCCGAGGCUCAAUAAAGUGCCAGGUGUCAUCCGAA